CAGGCCGUAGUCCAUAUCGCCAACAUGGCGGCCCCCAUGUAGCCGGCUGCCGUGGUUUCUACCCGAGGAAGCGGGGGGCAGUGCUGAGCUGGGACUGUUGUCCAUCUAGCCCGAGCGGACUGAACACUGCAGUUAAAGGUCAUUUCUGGUCACGGCUCCCGGGAACCUCACUCUCGUUGAGAUUCAGGAGUCAUCGCUCCGUUUUAGUGCCUUGCAAGUUCUUCCUCCGUCCCUGGGUUGUUCCCCGCGGCCACCUCUGGAUAGCUCAGGUCCCCUCACACUGCCAGAGUCAAACCAUGAGCCUUCGGCAGCUGCUGAAGCGCUGGCCCCGCGAUGCCGGAGGAGCCUCGGGUUCCUUGCAUCGCGUACGGUGGUCCCCGUCCCUCGACACAGUCUUCUCGUUGGGGUCCUGGCGUGGCCAGUCCUCCAGGUCCCCUACCCACUGGAACCAAGUGGUGUCAGAGGCGGAGAAGAUCGUGGGCUAUCCCACGUCCUUCAUGAGCCUGCGUUGCCUGCUGAGCGACGAGCUCAGCAACAUCGCUAUGCAGGUGCGGAAGCUGGUGGGAACUCGGCAUCCUCUGCUUACCACAGCCAGGGGGCUCGUCCAGGACAGCCGAAACAACCUCCAAUUGAGAGGCUUGGUGGUGCUACUUAUUUCCAAAGCAGCUGGACCCAGCAGUGUGGAUACUUCAUGUCAGAACUAUGACAUGGUCAGUGGAAUCUACUCAUGUCAAAGAAGUCUGGCAGAGAUCACCGAACUUAUCCAUACUGCUCUCCUCGUACAUCGCGGGAUUGUAAAUUUAAAUGAAUUACAAUCUUCUGACGGACCCCUGAAAGACAUGCAGUUCGGGAAUAAAAUCGCGAUUCUGAGUGGAGACUUUCUUCUAGCAAAUGCCUGCAACGGACUCGCUCUGCUGCAGAACACCAAGGUCGUGGAGCUUAUAGCAAGUGCUCUUAUGGACUUGGUACAAGGAGUAUACCAUGAAAAUUCUACUUCAGCCAAGGAAAAUGACAUCACCGAUGAUAUUGGAAUAUCAGCUUGGAAGGAGCAGACUUUUCUCUCCCAUGGUGCCUUAUUAGCAAAGAGCUGCCAGGCUGCAAUGGAAUUAGCAAAGCACGAUGCUGAGGUUCAGGAUAUGGCAUUUCAGUAUGGGAAGCACAUGGCCAUGAGUCACAAGAUAAACUCUGAUCUCCAGCCUUUUAUUAAAGAAAAGACCAGUGACUCGCUGACUUUUAAUCUAAACUCAGCUCCUGUAGUUUUACAUCAGGAGAUUCUUGGACGAGAUUUGUGGAUUAAACAGAUUGAAGAGGCUAAAGAGAAAGGAAGAUUAAACUACGCUAAGUUGCGGGAAACAAUCAAAGCUGGCAAAGGUGUGACUUCUGCUAUUGACCUGUGUCGUUACCAUGGAAACAAGGCCCUGGAGGCCCUGGAGAGCUUUCCUCCCUCCGAGGCCCGAUCGGCUUUAGAAAACAUUGUGUUUGCUGUGACCAGAUUUUCGUGACACCGAAUUAUAAAAGACAGCAUUGUUUGUUAGCCCCGCAGAACUCGGGGCUUGAGGUGAUGUGGGGGGGUGGGGGGCGUUCUCAGGAAGAGAGAAGAUACCGGCAUUAAUGACUUUAAAAACAGAUCCUUGUCCCCCCCUCCCCAACCCCCAACCCCUUCCUUUGAUCUCACCGCCCAAUAAAAUUCUGCUUUCUUUUGGGAAUUGCUCCACACAAAAUUAGAAGUGGGGGAAGAAAAAAAAAAAGGUCAAACCGUUUUCACUUGUCAUGCCAGAAGCACACUUGAGGCUGCAGUAGCAGAAAUAAUUAAUGAGAUUCACUCCUGUGACCUCAGCAAAUGGACAGGAAAUAAGUCCUUAUUGAUUGGCCCGCGCUGGGGAUGGCGCCAGGGCGCUGGCCUGUGGUUUUCCUGCCAGGGAGGACACAGGUGUCCAGCACCUCAGUGCUGCCACGGGGACUGGAGAAUCGAGAGCUAGUGACCAGUAUU